AUGGCAUCCUCAGACCGUGUUGAUCCCAUUGGCCCCGUCGAGGCCAAGUCCCAAGACAAGACCCAUCAAGUCCAGACCGAUGAAAUGUCGGUGACAAACGAAGAUGAUCGCGAUUUGCUGAACUUGGGUUAUCGUGCAGUAUUGGCACGUGGCUGGGGGUCAUUUGACAAUUUCGCCUGCUCCUUCUCGGCCUUGUACUGCAUUGGGGGCAUCCGUGUGUUGUUCUACAUUGCCUUGAGUGGAGGUGGGCCAGCCGCGAUAUGGAGCUCCUGGAUUUCCGGCAGCAUUCUCUCGAUCAUCACCGCCGCUUGCCUCGCUGAAGCUUGCUCGAGCUACCCCGCCGCGGGGUCGAUUUACUACUGGGCAUUCCGAUCUUGGGGUGGUGGCCGCGUUGGUCGCUUUGUUUCUUUCCUCGUUGCUGCGUGGACUUUGGUUGCUUGGACCGCUUUCUUGGCCAGUGACUCGUUUGGUGUUGCCAAUUAUCUCGUCUCCGAAGUCGUCGUGUUCAAUCCGGAAACAAGCUUCCCAUAUGAGACGUCCGAUGUACGUGCCCGCGCCGUGGCCUGGGCUUUCUCGCUGCUUUUCUUGGCUAUCGCUACCGCAUUGAAUUUCCUGCCACCACGUAUGUACUCGUGGGUCUUCCGGGCGGGUGUCACGGUUAUCAUCAUCGAUAUGUUGCUCAACUUCAUUUGGCUUCCUAUCGGUGUUUCAAAGACCUAUGGUUUCCAAUCGGCUGAAUAUGUUUUCACGUCCACAUACAAUGGAGGCGGUACAAGUCCCGGCCUCAACUGGGUUCUCUCCUGGUUCUUGGUGGGCAGCUGCCUAGUCGGACAGGACGCGUCGGGCCAUGUCGCAGAAGAGACUGUCUCGGCUAAGAAGGCGGCUGCUAAGGGUAUUUUCUGGGCGACCGUCGCCUCUGCAAUAUGUGGUUUCCCGAUCAUUAUCUUGUUCCUGUUCUGCAUGCCACCUAUCGAGACUUUUUACGAUACCAGUGCGCCCCAGCCAUUUAUCAAUAUGUACGCCAUGGCGCUCGGACCGCAUGCCCAUGUGGUGAUGACCAUCAUCUCAAUGAUCGGAGCUAUUCUGAAUACUUCGAUCUCCUUGGUGGCUGUCUCCCGACUGGUCUUCGCCGUGGCUCGCGACGGUGUCUUCCCAUAUAGUGAUGUGCUGUCCCGUGUCUCGAAAUCGAAGCAGCCCCACAACGCAGUCAUCUUCAUCGCAACUAUUGCCGCUCUUCUGCUUUGCACACAGCUCCCGUCCCAAGUGGCCUUCUCUAGUUUGAUCUCGACCUCCGCUGCUGGUUCACUCGCAGCAUAUGGUCUGGUUGGCAUUGGUCGGGCUUUCAUCACUCGCAAGACCUUCCGCCCGGGUUUCUGGGACUUGGGUCGGUUUGGUGUUGUGGCUGCCGUUGUCACUUUCAUCUGGAACGGGUUCGCCUUCGCCGUGUUGUGUGCGCCGACCUACUCAAACCGCGAGAUCGAUGCUGACUCAAGUCUGUUCAACUACGCCAUCGUCAUCAUGGGUGGUGUCACUAUCCUCGCGAUCGCUGAAUGGUGGCGCAAGUCGAAUGAUAUUUGGUUCAAGCACCUCAAGGUCGCUGACUCGGAUUCUGAGGUCAACCAGCCCAUCGAGCGGGAUGAGAACAAGGACGCUUCAGUGUCGGUCUGA